AUGACGUCUAAGGAACAAGAUUUUGACAGAAAGUUGUAUGAAUUGCUUGAAAGAAAACCACCUGGGAUAAGUGCCUCCAAAAUAAAAGACUUGACGAGAAUAGCAAUGACUAGUCCAAAGAUACCUUUUAAAGAAAAAAAAAUUAGCGAGGGGUUGAACUUGUUCUUUAUUGGUUGGGUUAAAGGAAAAUCCGCAGUUAACAUCUUAUAUGGAGCAUUAUAUGUAUUGGAUUCAAUAUCACAAGCGGCACAGAGACAAAAGACAUUGAUUGCAGAAAAAGAUAACGAUGGUUCUGCUUGGUCAGGAGCUGAAUAUCUUGAAAGGUUUGAAAAAAUAUUGGAAGAGAUGUUUUUACACAUCAUGCAAUGCCCAGAACAUGAUAAGGACAAAGUGAAACGUGUUCUUGACAUAUGGCUUACCAAAGAUGUCAUAUAUGACAAGGAAUUAAUUCGAAAAAUAAAAGAUACCUAUUUUUCUCAAAGAACUAUGACAAAUCCUUUAGAAAACAAUGUACAUGAGUCUCAGUCGAUAACGACAUCAUUAUCACAUGGAGGUGAUCCACGAAUGGUUUCUGUGCCAAAUCAGUCAAGCAUGUCGAUGUCGACAACUCUAGAUUCAUCAGCUUUGUUAGCUACACUGAACAAUUUAACACAAGGAACUUUGAAUAUACCUUCAUUUUUGUCAUCAAAUCCAAUAACUGCUGCUACAACGCAAUCCAUUAACGCACCCGUUGCUUUUAAUAAUGCUUCUACUAACCCGCACGCAGUUACUUCACAGUUCUCUAAUAUGUCACAGCCUUCUGUGUCUGCGAACAAUGGCUUUUUACAACCUCCAGUGACUUCUUCAAAUUAUUCGGCAACUACAGUCACUGAAACAAAACCAAAAGAACCUUUAAAUGAUCCUCUUGAUUUUGAUUACGGAGACAUGGAUGAAGAUGAGGACGUAGGCAUAACGCAAUCGGUUGCAAAUGGUGAGAUAAAUAGUACUACUAAAGAGGCAAUUCUGACGAGUGCUAUAAACGUGAAACCUAUAAAUGUGUUUCCAUUUGGUGGUAGUUUCUUGACAAAUAAAAUAUAUAAUGUUCCUAAAGACGGAAAUCAAUCGGCAACACCCGCAGCACCGUCAAUGCCUCAACAAUUCAAUCAGGAAAAUAUGACAAAUCAAUAUUUUCAACCAUCUCAAGGAAACCCGACUAAUUCCUCACAGUCGGUAUCACAAUCACAACCACCGCCACCAACAUCGGCUGCACCAUCACUACUACUUCCUGGGCUUCUUCCUCCUCCUCCAUGGAAUUCAAUUCCGCCGCAACAGCACGCACCGCCAGAACAUUUUCCGAACAACCCGGCACCUCAGGGUUACCCAAUACCUCCUCCAGGCCACCCGUUACCUCCUCCGGGUCAUCCGUUACUACCUCCGGGUCACCCUAUGCCUCCAGGUCCACCGCCUCCAGGACAUCUUCUGCAUCAGGGUCCUCCGGGUCCACCAAUAGGUCUUCCUGUUCAACAUCAAGGUCCUCCACCUGGACAUUUGAUGCAACAUCAAGGUCCUCCAGGGUCACAGCCUCAAGGACCACCCGGUCCAAAUCCUCAAGGACCACCCAUUAUAACAACACCACAAGAUGAUUGUAUGGCAUAUGCUGAUCCAAAUGUUGGAAGGGAUUUUAUUAAAGUUCUAAGUCGAACACUUUACGUUGGUAGUGUAACAGAGGAUUUGACCAAAAGUAUUAUGGAAAAAAUAUUUCUUAGUUACGGCAGAGUAUCUACUAUUACGAUUAACUAUGAUAAAAAUCAUGCUUUCAUUAAAAUGGAAACACGAGCAGGUGCUGCUAGAGCUCUAAAUGGCCUUAAAAUGCAAGUAAACCAGAAGGGUAAACAAAAUUGUAAGAUUACAGUGGUACGUUGGGGUGUAGGUUUCGGGCCUAAAAAUUGCUUUGACUUCGAAUCUGGUGAAUCUUUAAUUCCUCUUAACAGACUUACGGAAACAGAUCGUAAAUGGUUGUUUACUAGUGAGAAAGGUGGUACUGGUGGAAGGGAUAUAGUUGGCGGAAUAGUAGUUGAAGAACCGGACAUUGUAAUUGGCGAAGGAUUUUCUAGUGGUUCAGGGAAUAAAAAAUUAGGACCUCAACAUGAAAGUUCGCGUAAAGAAAGGCCUAGAGGAGGUGAUCGAUCGUCUAAUUCAUCGGAUUCUAGAAAGUAUUCAGAUGCAUCCUGGGAAGGCUCAUCAUCUCCCAGACGUCAUACAAGUAAAUGGGAUGAUGAAUUAAAUGAUUCUCCUUUUCAAGGAACGGCAUCUCCUCCUUCACAAGAGCAUUUAUCAUCGCAACAACGCUCACAUUCGUUUUCUCCAGGUUUAUCACCGCCCUCAGGAACUCCUGAUAAUCUACCACAAUCAGAAUUCGGAAGUUCAACACUACCAACACAAGAACAACUUUUCCAGCAAAGACUAGAACACACUCCACAAUCUAUUCACAAAAGAGAGUAUUUUAGUUCUCACGGAGAUGCACCAGUUCGUGAAAAUAAAAAAAGUCGAUGGGAUAAAUGA